AUGAAGCUGCCGAGUCUGGAAACUUGGCUGAACUGUGAGAUCCUGCAACAUGGAAUGGACACCAACAGCCAGUGUGAAAAUGACUACACUGCAGUUCACAGAACGGCAAAGUGUGGCGACACCUCAGCUGUAAACUGGCUGCUGGCGUCAGGUGCCAACGUCACUGUGUGGAGUGACUGGCAGCAUACUCCCCUCCACGUAGCGGCAGCAUACGGCAGACAGGGUAUCGCGAUGGGCCUGCUGUUUCACGGUGCGGACAAGGACGCGUGGGACGGCUGUGGGCCGACGGCUUUGCAGACUGCCGCCACAUGUGGUGAAGCGGCUGUCGUGAACCUGCUGUUGCGGUUGGGGACGGACCGGUCUGCUGCCGGCUACGGUAAGAUGCCUCUCGAGCUAGCCCUGGCAUACAAUAGGAAGGCAAUCCUAGAUAUACUGAGCAGGAUUUGUCCCGAGUAA